UCGAGGCAGGCGAGGGGGGCAGCGCUGCCGAGCGGAGCCCAGGAGCGGAGCCUGGAGCGAGCGAGAGCCUGAGCGAAAGACCGGGAAGCAAGAAAGAAGCCUCCGGUGCAUCGGGACAGGAUCGCAGGUGUUCGGGAGCCGGAGCCGGAGCUCCACAGCCGGCAGUCAUGUACCGAUCCACCAAGGGCGCCUCCAAGGCGCGCCGCGACCAGAUCAACGCCGAGAUCCGGAACCUCAAGGAACUGCUGCCGUUGGCUGAAGCGGACAAGGUCCGGCUGUCCUACCUGCACAUUAUGAGUCUUGCCUGCAUCUACACUCGCAAGGGUGUCUUCUUUGCUGGAGGCACUCCUCUGGCUGGCCCCACGGGGCUUCUCUCAGCUCAAGAGCUUGAAGACAUCGUGGCAGCACUACCUGGAUUUCUGCUUGUGUUCACAGCUGAGGGGAAAUUGCUAUACCUGUCUGAAAGUGUGAGCGAGCAUCUGGGCCAUUCUAUGGUGGACCUGGUUGCCCAGGGUGACAGUAUCUACGACAUCAUUGACCCUGCUGACCAUCUCACUGUUCGCCAGCAGCUCACCAUGCCCUCUGCUCUGGAUGCUGAUCGUCUUUUCCGUUGCCGAUUCAACACCUCCAAGUCCCUCCGGCGCCAGAGUGCAGGCAACAAACUGGUGCUUAUUCGAGGUCGAUUCCACGCUCACCCACCUGGAGCCUACUGGGCAGGAAACCCCGUGUUCACAGCUUUCUGUGCCCCACUGGAGCCAAGACCCCGCCCUGGCCCUGGCCCUGGCCCUGGCCCUGGUCCUGCUUCACUCUUCCUGGCCAUGUUCCAGAGCCGGCAUACUAAGGACCUGGCCCUACUGGACAUCUCUGAAAGUGUCCUAAUCUACCUGGGCUUUGAGCGCAGCGAACUGCUCUGUAAGUCAUGGUAUGGACUGCUACACCCUGAGGACCUGGCCCACGCUUCUUCUCAACACUACCGCCUGUUGGCUGAAAAUGGAGAUAUCCAGGCAGAAAUGGUAGUGAGACUUCAAGCCAAGCACGGAGGCUGGGCAUGGAUUUACUGCAUGCUGUACUCAGAAGGUCCAGAAGGCCCUCUUACUGCCAAUAACUACCCUAUCAGUGACACGGAAGCCUGGAGCCUCCGCCAGCAGCUAAACUCUGAAGACACCCAGGCUGCAUAUGUCCUAGGAACCCCAGCCGUCCUACCCUCAUUCCCUGAGAAUGUCUUCUCCCAGGAGCAGUGUUCUAACCCACUCUUUAUGCCAGCUCUGGGACGCUCCAGAAGCACUACCUUCCCCAGGGCGCCUGAGCUAGGUGUGAUCUCAACAGCAGAAGAGCUUCCCCAACCCUCCAAAGAGCUGGACUUCAGUUACUUGCCAUUCCCUCCGAGGCCUGAGCCUUCUCUCCAAGCAGAGCUAAGCAAAGAUUUGGUGUGUACUCCACCUUACACGCCCCAUCAGCCAGGGGGCUGUGCUUUCCUCUUCAGUCUCCACGAACCAUUCCAGACUCACCUGCCCACUCCAUCCAGCUCUCUUCAAGAACAGCUGACGCCAAGCACCGUGACUUUCUCUGACCAGUUGACACCCAGCAGUGCAACCUUCCCAGACCCACUGACCAGUUCACUACAAGGACAGUUGAGCGAAACCUCAGUCAGAAGCUAUGAAGACCAAUUGGCUCCAUGCACUUCUACCUUCCCAGACCAGCUACUUCCCAGCACUGCCACGUUCCCAGAACCUCUGGGGAGUCCCACCCAUGAGCAGCUGACUCCUCCCAGCACCGCGUUCCAAGCACACCUGAACAGUCCCAGCCAAACCUUCCCAGAGCAACUGAGCCCCAACCCUACCAAGACUUACUUCACCCAGGAGGGAUGCAGUUUUCUCUAUGAGAAGUUGCCCCCAAGUCCUAGCAGCCCUGGUAAUGGGGACUGCACACUCCUGGCCCUAGCUCAGCUCCGGGGUCCCCUCUCUGUGGAUGUUCCCCUUGUGCCUGAAGGCCUGCUCACACCUGAGGCCUCUCCAGUCAAGCAAAGUUUCUUUCAGUACUCUGAGAAAGAGCAAAAUGAGAUAGAUCGUCUCAUCCAGCAGAUCAGCCAAUUGGCUCAGGGCAUGGACAGACCCUUUUCAGCUGAGGCUGGCACCGGGGGGCUGGAGUCACUCGGAGGGUUGGAGCCCCUGAACCCCAACUUGUCCCUGUCAGGGGCUGGACCCCCUGUGCUUAGCCUGGAUCUGAAGCCCUGGAAAUGCCAGGAGCUGGACUUCCUGGUUGACCCUGACAAUUUAUUCCUGGAAGAGACGCCAGUGGAAGACAUCUUCAUGGAUCUCUCUACUCCAGACCCCAAUGGGGAAUGGGGCUCAGGGGAUCCUGAGACAGAGGUCCCAGGAGGGGCCCUGUCACCUUGCAACAACCUGUCCCCAGAAGACCACAGCUUCCUGGAGGACUUGGCCACCUAUGAAACCGCCUUUGAGACAAGUGUCUCAACAUUCCCCUACGAAGGGUUUGCUGAUGAGUUGCAUCAACUCCAGAGCCAAGUUCAAGACAGCUUCCAUGAAGAUGGAAGUGGAGGGGAACCAACGUUUUGAAUAAGUCUGUGACUUAACGUCGUCAAGUAUGGCAUAUUGUCAUCAAGACGUGGAGCCGCUCUCCACCCCCCCGGGACUGUUGGGGGGAUUCUGGGGGCCAGAGGGG